GGCCAGUCCACUUCGAGUCACGACCGACCUGGACUCAGUCCUGAGAGGCAGACUGAGUUGGCACUGCGUCGGAGAGGGAAGUGCCAGCAGAGUAGAGGGAAGCCACCCUUGCUAGAGGCCACACCGGUCUCGAGGGUCAGACGGGACUGACCGACGGCAGGUCCGGUCAGACGGUCAGACGGGACUGGCCGACGGCCAGUCAGACGGUGAGAUAGAACUGGCCGACGGCCGGUCAGACGGUCAGACGGUGCUGACCGACGGCCGGUCACCGAGGCUCACUCGCCCGCCGACAGUCGGCGCGGACACAACGCGACGACAGACUCUGACGGAACGGCCGCGGUGUUGUGAACAGGUGUGAAUUUGUGUGAUACGUUGUGAGUUGUUACAGGCGAUAGAAAAGGGAACAGCAUCAAAAUGGAUGCAAAGGAUGUGAAAAAUGUGCGAUUUUUCUCGUCGGUGCGUUUCGCCGUGUCGGUCACCCUGCAUCUGGCCAUGCUGAUCACGCUGAUGAUCCGCUUCAACGUCGGCACUGCCUUCCUCUGCAUGGUCAACGACGGAUCCAACACGACCAGCGCCGGCCAGAGCGGUGCCGAUGCCUCACCCAAUGCCACAGCGGUUCAUCAGGGCGAAUUCGAUUGGGACAAGGCUUACCAAGGAUGGAUUACGGCUACGUAUUUCUACGCAUUCGUAAUUUUUCUUGUGCCAGGCGGAUGGCUUGUCGACAGGUACGGCGCCCGUGCCAUGCUCCUGAGCGGCAUGUUUACUGCCGGCGUCACCUCCCUGGCCAUACCGGAGCUGACGCGACUUCACAGCGGUCUGCUCAUCAUGUGCCGCGCCAUCCUUGGAGCCACAAACUGCGUCAUCAUUCCGUCUAUGCCAGCCGUAUCACGCCGCUGGUCGCUGCCCGGAGAAUACACCACUGUGUUUGCCAUCGCCUGGUCCGGCUUCUACCUGGGUACUGCGCUCAACUUCCCGCUGGCUACUGCCCUCUGCCAGUCCAGCUGGGGGUGGCCGGGCGUGUUCUACGUGGCAGGCAUUAUAUCGAUGGCGUGGAUGGUGCUGGCGGUGGUGCUGGUGCGAAACGACCCCCUGGAGAGCGGCCUGGUGCGCGGGCUGGAGCGGGACAGCUUCCAGCACUGCCAGGCCAGCACGGGCACAGCGCGCAAGAGCAAGUCGGUGCCGCUGCUGAAGAUUUUCACCAAUUUCCAAGUGUGGAACGUGGCCAUAGCGUUCACCAUCGGCCUCUGGAACCUGUACUCGUCCACCAUCGCCAUGCCGCAGUUCAUGAAGACCUUCAUGGACUUUGACCUGUCGCAGAACGGAGCCAUCUCGGCGGCGCCGUACCUUCUUCUGACGGUCAUCUCCAUCCUCACCGGCCGGCUCUUCACCUACCUCAACACCGUCAGGGGCGUGUCCAAGACCACCCUGCGCAAGGGCUUCAACUUCUUCAGUAACUUUUUCCCGGCGUUCCUGCUGCUGGCUGCUGUCUUGCUGCCCAGGGAGCAGCGGGCAGCCGCUGUCACCUGUCUGGUCCUUAGUAUCGGCCUCACCGCCUGCGUCUUCACUGGAGGCCCGUACAGCGGUUCGUCGGACAUCGGCCCCCUGUACACGGCCACCAUCUUCUCCAUCGCCGCCUGCCUGGGUAACGUGCCCGGCUUCGUAAUCCCGCCCCUGCUGGCCGCCAUGACGCCCAACGACUCUCGAGACGAGUGGGUGCACUUUGUGUCCAUCUCCGUGGCUCUGCACCUGUUCAGCAGCUUCUAUCAGCUGUUCUUCUGGAGCUCCAAGGUGCAGCCCUUCUCCCGAGAGGAGCCACAAGAGCAGGAGGUCUCCGAGGCGCCGCCAGAGUACAGUCUUGUCGUCAAGGAUGGCCAGACCGCGGCGUGACGCAACAGACCCAGCUGAACGUGAUGACGUCAACAACUCCAACGGCCAUUGCAUUGAUGACGUAUUGAUUCACUCAGUCUCUGUUCGCUGUCUAUGUUUACCAAGUCCGUAGUGUCUGUAGACGGAGAAUGUAAGAAAGAGGGUGUUAAAAGCAACUCUCAUUCUGGGCUUUCUUGUCACGAGGAGAAUGGAUUAGUGCUUGUAAAAGCUAUUUUCAACUAACAUACAGGGUCCGGCAAAAGUUUUGUCCUCUACCAACACUUCUCGAUUCCUAAUCGUUUUUACCCCUAAGGGAUAACGGUUCUGGCCGCACCCCUGCAUUUCACGGUCCUUGGUUGCGGGACAUGCGGUCGGGAACGGACCUCGGAUCACGGAUCACCGAGCUACGGCCAGUUUCACAUAGAUUGUCCACCCAAACGGCCGCGUUGAAAGAUGGAGGUCCGAAAUUUCUACCUUGGGGAGCUGAACCAGACAGUCGGCAUGCUUUAGGCCGAAAUGACAUAGCAGCCAUUGCUGAUCAGUUGCGACAUCUGCCUGCACAGUUCGGCGUUGGUGGGACAAGCAUAUAGGUACGGCUACUGGCAGCGUUGCUGAUCGUUCCAGUUUGGGCGUUCGUCUACCGUUUCGACCGUGAAAGAAAUCGCGUUGAAAAAGACGGCAGGGGAGAGGGACCAGUUGGCGACAAAAUUGGCCAAGCGGCUUACGCGCAAGGGCUAUUCCAUCUUCAGGCAGGAUUGUGAGAAGCUAUAAGAAGAGCUCUCUGAGUCUCAUUACCAAUCAGAGCCUCCAGCGGCUCACUUCUAAUUCGACGCAUGGUUGAUGGAAGGUCGACAUGCAUUUUCAUUCAGGACGGUGCGCCGGCUCAUCGCUCUGCCAAGGCCCAGCGGUGGUGCGAAUCGAAUAUACCGGACUUCUGAAGGUCGGAGACGCUAGCCGGCUACCAUCCGGACAUAAUUCUGAUUGAGGAAUUUUGGGGCCAUCGUCCAGCAGGACCUGGACAAACAGAAGCCGGCGGCCAGCCUCGGCGCCUUGCCGUUGCAGCUCAAACAGGCAUGGUCGAAACUCAAGCUGUCUGUGCCGCACAAUCUAGCUGUCAGCAUGUCAAAUUGUGUUCGUGCGUAACUCCCUGUUCGUGGGGAACAUAGUGGACGCUAAAAGGAAUCGCUGCCUCUUAUUUAUAUAGCAGCUUGGAGAGCAUAUCUUUUGAGAGGACAAAACUUAUGCCGGGCCGGACUCUGGUGGUCUGAACUUCACAAUAAUUCAAGUUUUGCCGAAAUAUAGAAUUUAAAAUCAGCGGUUUUGGGCGUGGCCCAUCAUCAAGGAA